CUGAAUAUGAAUUUUGAACAACCACAACGACGACCGUCGCCCGCCAUGGCUUCGAAUCGCCCAUCGAAGCGAUCCGCACAGACUAGGCUUAAUCGGAACAUUGAUUCACAAGUUCUUCCGCCAACUUCUUGUCAGGCUGGAACCAAAAACGGAGGUAAAACCUCUACUAACCCUCCAGUCUUGAUCGCCGAUGUUAUAGAGAUAUCAUCGGACGAGGAGGAGGUCAGAUCUCCUCCACCUCCAAAGCGCCAGGGUAGGCUUACACCCAGUGUCGACGUCGCGCGUCUCGAACUAGAACUGAAGCGACUCCAACAGGAGAACGCUGCCCUCGUUUGUAAACAUACCGAAUCUCAACAAGAACUCGAGUUUUAUCGGAAAAAGAAAAACUCCAUGUCGCUCGAUGUCGCGGACCUCGAGGAUCAUAUUACUUGCGAAAUAUGCGCAUUAAAGCUGUGGACACCAUACUACCCGACUGUGGCCAUACGUUUUGCCAGUCCUGUUUACAAGACUGGUUCUCUACUGCUCUCGCCCAGCAUAUGCAGGCUUAUCCUCAUUUCGAUGUCAACCAAAGGCUUCCUGUCAACAUACAGCAUAUGAUUGGCCUUACUCCUCAGCAUGCUCCCACCCUUCUUCACCAAUACGCUGGGUUACUUCCUCCUCAACCCAAAUACAGCUGUCCAACCUGCCGAGCGUCGGUGAGGAGUCGCCCAAUAGAGUCAUUUUCUUUAAAAGCUGUUGUUCGUGCCGUUGCAAAGGUUCAGCGCGAGAAUAGCCCACGGAAGCCGCUACCUAACCGAGGAAAAGAUAGAGGUAUCGUUGCGAAUGAUGGCCCUUGGGAUGGCUU